UUUCUCAUUUUAUUUUUUCUUCACAUAACCAAAAAACCAGACACAAAAUCAAACAAUUUUGUUGCGGCUCAUCUCUCAAACCUCAGUCUCUUACAACAUCACAACCUUAGAUUCUCCGAGCAACUCUCCAAUUCUAUAAAACAACAACAACACUCACACUCACACUGUUUUUUUUCUUCUUUUUCCUAUAGUUUUUGAUUUUUUUUUCUUUAUGUACCUAUCAUAUGAUUUUUCUUCCAGAUUUCAGAUAGCAUCACUUUGACAGUUUGACUUUUCCAGUAUCAACUUCUGGUAGUACAAUUGCGCGAGUUCGCAGAAGAGUUCUUCCAUAGAAGGUAGAUGGGUUCUAGAAUCCCAUCGCAUCAGCUUAGCAAUGGCCUUUACGUAUCAGGGCGGCCUGAGCAGCCGAAAGAAAGGACUCCAACGAUGUCCUCAGCGGCCAUGCCAUAUACCGGUGGAGACAUCAAGAAGUCAGGAGAAUUGGGAAAAAUGUUUGAUAUUCCCGUCGAUGGAUCUAAAUCUAGAAAAUCUGGACCAAUAACAGGUGGUGCUCCAUCACGAGCAACAUCUUUUGGAGGAGCUGGUUCACAUUCUGGACCGAUUCAUCCUAAUGCUGCUGCACGGGCUAUCUAUACUACUUCAGGUUCCAUGUCUUCUGGUGUAAAGAAAUCGAAUUCCGGGCCAUUGAAUAAGCACGGGGAACCGGUUAAAAAGUCUUCGGGUCCUCAAUCCGGCGGAGUAACUCCAACCGGGCGUCAAAACUCCGGUCCUCUUCCUCCUGUUCUUCCCACAACAGGUCUUAUUACAUCCGGUCCAAUAACGUCUGGCCCGCUAAACUCGUCUGGUGCGCCUAGGAAAGUGUCAGGUCCUUUGGAAGCGAUGGGUUCUAUGAAGAUGCAAGGUUCUGCUGCUGCUGUUCCCAAUCAAGCUGUUACUGUUCUUAGUCAAGGUGAUGAGUAUUCCUUCAGAAGGAAUUUUCCAAAGGCCAUGUUUUGGUUAUUAAUUCUGCUUUUUGUCAUGGGUUUCAUUGCCGGCGGUUUUAUUCUUGGAGCCGUGCACAAUGCCAUUCUCCUUAUUGUCGUUGUGAUUCUCUUUGGCUUAGUUUCUGCGUCUUUCACUUGGAACACUUAUUGGGGGAGAAGAGCUAUCAUGGGCUUUGUUGCUAAUUAUCCAGACUCUGAGCUUCGAACUGCAAAGAACGGGCAAUUUGUGAAGGUCUCCGGGGUUGUCACUUGCGGUAAUGUGCCUCUUGAGUCAUCUUUCCAGAAAGUUCCCAGAUGUGUAUAUACAUCAACAAGUUUAUAUGAGUAUCGGGGAUGGAACUCAAAAGCUGCCAAUCCUACACAUCGCCGAUUUUCUUGGGGCCUUAGAUUGCUUGAACGGCGUGUGGUUGACUUUUACAUCUCAGACUUCCAGUCUGGUUUAAGGGCAUUGGUUAAGACUGGUCAUGGAGCAAGAGUGACUCCUUAUGUUGAUGACUCAGUUCUCAUCAAUGUAAAUCCAACUAAAGAAGAGUUGUCUCCUGAGUUCCUCCGAUGGUUGGGGGAGAGAAAUCUGUCAAGUGACGACCGCAUCAUGCGGCUUGAAGAAGGGUAUAUUAAAGAAGGAAGCACAGUGAGUGUAAUGGGGGUUGUUCAAAGGAAUGAGAAUGUGCUUAUGAUUGUUCCUCCACCAGAUCCAAUCACAACAGGUUGCCAAUGGUUCAAAUGUAUUUUUCCAGCUAGCUUGGAGGGUAUAGUCUUAAGAUGUGAGGACAUGUCCAAGAAUGAUGUCAUACCAGUUUAACAACAUUAUGUGUGGAACAAGAAAUGAAUGUUUGUAGCAUCAUCAUCUAAUUGGUGGUUCUUAGAUAGUAUUCUUUUCCCCUCUAUUAUUAGUGGUGGUGGAAUAUAUAUAAUAUUGAGAGAAAAUUAUUAUUAUAGAUUAAGAUGGAAGAAAUUGUUUGUGUGUUUAUUUUUUUCAAUCUCUUUAAAUAGUUGUAUAGCUAUGGUUUGGUUGGUUUGAUGUUAUUCUAGGAUCUGUAAACUUUGGUAAUGUUUGAUGCAGUGAAAAUUCUUAAAUGUAUGAAGCAUAUUUGUGAUUAUGCUAACAUGCUAUAUAGAAUACAAGCUUUCUUUAUGGUGUUUGCAAA